AUGGCAGGGAACUGGAAUCGAACAUACGAACAUGUCGAGCCACAACAAGUUCAUUUGACGUGGCUUUCUGAAGGCAGUGCCAUUCGAGUCCAGUUUGUGACCACCGAUAAGAUUGACCAGGCCCAAUUGGUCUAUUGGCCUGUUCAUAAGAAGACCAAGCGAAAUACCGAGAUAAUUACCGUGUCAGGCGACGAGUGCACCCCAUUUGUGGAUGGCGGUGCUGCCAAACGACUUAUGCACAUUCACAGCUUGAAAUCCAACGACUUGUCCAAAGGAACAGUGUAUGAGUACAAAGUCGGAUCAAUACAUAAUGGCACAACAACUGUCUGGUCGCCGGUCUACCAAUUUCAUACACCCGAUACGACGCCGGAAUUCAAGUUUGUUGCCGCAGCUGACAUGGGCGUCGUAAACGCUGUGUCCAUGCCAAUAUUGAAGACUAUUGCCAAAGAACAAAAGUACGACUUUAUGACGUUCAUGGGUGACCAAGCGUAUGAUUUGGCCGAUAUGAAUGGCACCAAGGGUGACGAAUACAUGAAUUUUGCACAGGACGUAUAUGCCCGUCUACCGCUCAUGACGACACCCGGCAACCACGAGUCUGCAUACAACUUUUCACACUAUCUCAAUCGAUUCAGCCAUUUGCCCUAUCAAGAGUCCGCAUCGCCGUCGCCGUUACUCUAUUCGUUGGAUUACAAGUCAUUACAUCUGGUAUCAAUAUCAACCGAGGCAUUCUUUGAACAAGACGGCACGGAAGUAGACCAGGUGCAUACGCUUGUUAACUGGUUGGAACAAGAUCUUGACAAGCACCAACAAAAAUGGGUGGUUGUCAUUGGGCACCGGCCCCUCUAUUGCUCGCCUGCGGAUGAUAAAGAUUGUACCUACAAAGCCGAUACGUUGCGUAAUGGGAUCGUAUCCAAGCAAGAUAACAAGACUCGAUUGACACCAGGUUUGGAAGAAGUCUUUGUCAAGCAUAAAAUUGACUUGUACCUAUGUGGACAUCGGCAUAAUUACGAACGGAGCUAUCCUAUGGCAAACAACCAGGCACUUAGCAAAGUAUACCACAACCCACCCUCCUUCUACCAGGUAAUUAGCGGGAACGCAGGCAAUUUCGACGGCCCCGACCCUGUGGAUGAGGCAGCGCCCCGAGCAGAUUGGUCUGCGGUGCUCUACCGUGGCUAUGGAUUCACAACGGUAGAAGUCGCUCCAGAGGCUUUGGAGUUGGUGCACUGGGAGUCGAAGCAGGACGGUACUAUUGGUCGAGAAAUUGAUCGAGUACGACUGACCAAAGACGCGUAG